AUGUAUACUUCCGAUUUUCCACACUAUGCAACCGAAGCAACCCUGAGCAAUGACUCCCUCAAUUACAACCUAUUCGAUACUCAGAGGAUCCCCGAUUUUCAAUCUUCUCCCUAUAGACCCACGCAGAUGAUGACCGAACAAUUCGUUAAUCGCUGGCAAGACGUGCAAGCGCCCUCCGCCAGCUUAGGCCACAACGCUCGCAUAUCUCAAGAUGUUGAAUUCGAAAACAGCCUCCAGAAACCAGGAAACAGCCGGCCUCAGGAGAGAACUCCCUCGGUAGAAUCAGGAGACGACAUAACCCUUGGAGAGCUACGUCUCAUGAAAAGCAAAUACGACCAGUUAAUCGUACAGAUGGAUAAGCUCACAAGGGGCUUGAAACAGCUAGCUCUUCGAUCGGCCAGAGUUGAUGAUCUUGCAGAGAGUAUUGAUAAUCUUGCGGAAAGAAUUUACCGUCUGGAAAACCUUCCUGUCCAGAUGGAAAGCCUUCAGGAAAGCACCAAGCGCAUGGAUAUGAAACUGCACGAACGCUGUGAAGAGAUGAGAAAUGAGGUAAAGCGAAUUGACCGUGUGGUUAACACGUAUGAAUAUGUCCAUAGAAAGUUCCAAGGUCUACUUUGCCGUCUAUCGAGGCGACGCAGUGUCGACGAUUGUCGCUUACUGGACGUGGGAGGCGAGGUCAAAGAAAACCCAGGGCCAAUUUUUGACUAA